AGAGAGAGACACCAACCAAAGGCAUCUAUAGCCAGCCAGCUUCACAGCUCUACUACUGCAACAGUACUAUUCCUCUUCUUCCAGCAAACAUGACAGAGAGACGCAUCCCCUUCAGCCUGCUCCGCACCCCUAGCUGGGACCCCUACAGGGACUGGUACCAGGGCAACCGACUCUUCGACCAGUCCUUCGGUAUGCCUGCCCACGCAGAGGGGUUACCCUCCUUCUCCAGCACCCACUGGCCCGGAUACAUGCGCCCCGCCCUCAGCCACGACCUGUCCUCUGCCGGCUUCAUGCCCUCUAUGAUGCCCCACCAGCAGAGUGCAAUGAUGCCCUUAGUCCCAAUGAUGCCCCAAGCCCCAAUGAUGGUCCAGGCCCCCAUGAUGGCCCAGGCUGGGGCAGCAUCGUACGCCCGCGCCCUAUCCCGCCAGCUCAGCACUGGCGUGUCUGAGAUCAAGCAGACCCAGGAGGCCUGGAAGGUCACUCUGGACGUCAACCACUUCUCCCCUGAAGAGUUGGUGGUCAAGACCAAGGAUGGCGUGGUAGAGAUCACUGGCAAGCAUGAGGAGAGGAAGGACGAGCAUGGAUUUGUGUCCAGAUGCUUCACUAGGAAAUACACACUGCCCCCUAUGGCUGACGCUGAGAAGGUGACGUCCACCUUGUCUCCUGAGGGAGUGCUGACCGUGGAGACUCCUCUGAACAGGCAGGCCAUCAAGGCUGCAGAGAUCUCCAUCCCAGUCACCAUGGGCAGCAGCAAGACCAAGCCCUACGACAUGACGAUGAGGAAGGGAAGUGGCAAUGGGCACCAUCAUGAUGAGCAUCAUGAAGAAGAGGAGUGAAACUCCAAACAUAAACACACACACUCACACUCACACACACAUAGUAGACACAGAUGAAAUGGUUAGACAGAAAGAGAGAAGGUAGGCAAAACUGUGCUAAUUCCACACCUAUUGUAUAGUUACAGUAGGCUCUGGAAAUGCAUAUAUAACGUUAUACGUUUCACGUGUGCUCACACUAACACCACUUGCAUGCUCUAUCCCACACUGCAGUAAUUACUAUCUGCAUUUGAGUCAAGCAACAACAACAAAAAACAGUUACACACACACACACAUACACACACACUCUCCUCAUUCCUAUUAUGCGCUUGCUAGGAACUGAAAACGAUUAGAUCUGCAAACAGUGACUGCAGCCCUGCUGUUACAUCAUCAUUCUGUGCUUGCUGCCUCUCUCUCUCUCUCUCUCUCUCUCUCUCUCUCUCUCUCUCUCUCUCUCUCUCUCUCUCUCUCUCUCUCUCUUUCUGCUUACAGACAUUAACACAGCCAAGAAGAGCCAGGACACCAGUGAUACUGUAGCCUAGUCCCAGAUCAUUUUGUUGACAAUGACCAUAGGAGUUGGAAAGACUGUACAAACUGAUCUGGACCAGGCUAGUGAUACACACAGAACACCAAAGAACCAAUGGGCCAGCACAUGGGCCUCUGACUAUUACACUCAUAGAAAUUCUAUUCAUUCUUUUUCUAUGAUUUCACCAUCCUCUGACUGUUACUGGCCAAUCACUGUUGUUAAAAUAUGGUCUAAAAUACUGGUUUGUACUGUAGUUGCAUUUGGAAAGCUGUACCCACGUAUAACGGUGAAUAAAGAA